ACCUGUACAUGAUCAUCUGAUCAUUUAUCACUCCAGUGUUAAUCUGCAAUAUUGUAAUUAUUCGCCUACCUCCUCAUGCCUUUUGCACACAUUGUAUAUAGACUCCCAUUUUUUUCCUACUGUGUUAUUGACUUGUUAAUUGUUUACUCCAUGUGUAACUCUGUGUUGUCUAUUCACACUGCUAUGCUUUAUCUUGGCCAGGUCGCAGUUGCAAAUGAGAACUUGUUCUCAACUAGCCUACCUGGUUAAAUAAAGGUGAAAUUAAAAAAUAAUUUAGUUUAAAUGACGUGGAAACAACGCUGAUUCAGCCAGUGUGUGCCCUGUAGGUAGGUGGCCGUUGGAUCAAUGCAGUGUGUGUGAGAGAGAGAUAUGAGAGAGCGAGCACAUGUGUUUGUCUGCCAAUAGCCUACUGCAGAAGAGCGAGCUGCUUCACACGGUUGAAACUGGCUGAUGACUGCAUUGACUAGCAUACAACUGAACUCACCGUGUAUUGUUCGCUUCACCAGUUUUUCAACGGAAUCCUUGUAGCAUACCAGCUGGUCUGUAGCCUAAUUCCGUGAACAGUCUCUGUCACUGUGGAUUGCUUUGACUGAUAUCCCGGUUAGACCACCGAUAGCCUCGUUUUAUUCCGUUGCUGGUUGAAAAGGUCCGAACGCGUGCAGCCAGCAAGGAACGACGGGGUAUGUUGCUACGUAGCUGAUAUAAUAUAGACACAAUAGACCGACGACUAGUGUAAAAGAGAGAUGAGGUGAUGUUCUGACUCACUGAGACAGCGUGGACAUAAAUCAAGACGAGGAACUCUAUUCUUGUACUACCUACGGCAUAUCGGAAUCUCAACAGGAACCAGCCUCCAGCGGAUGUCAGUGUGGGGAUCACUCAGUCCCACAUGUGAUGGACCCCCAGCAGUGUGAUGGAGGCCAUGUGUCAGAGGGGUGUAACACUCCUGGUAAUGGGGACCACCGGCCCCCUCCUGCCAAACUGGUCCGCCUGGAGUUGAACGGUGGCGGGGGCCCCUCAGGUCCACACCAGGGCAGGACGAGACAGGGGAGCCCAGGGGUCAGAACUUCGUCCCCCAAACUCACCCCACCCGCACCGCAACCCAAGAACUGGCAUAAAAGAGGAAGUCUGCUGCCUGUGCUGUGUUUGGUGGAGCACAGAGAGAGCCCGGUCCUGGCAGUGGAGGCUGAGAGGAGAGAGGAGCAUGCAGAGUUUGUACUGGUCAGGAGAGACCUGCUGUUUAACCAGCUGAUAGAGAUGGCUUUACUGGCCCUGGGCUACUCUCACAGCUCAGCAGCACAGGCCAAAGGUUCGAUCCAGGUGGGUAGGUGGAACCCUGUCCCUCUGUCCUGUGUGACUGAUGCUCCUGAUGCCACAGUGGCUGACAUGCUGCAGGACCUCUACCAUGUGACCACCCUCAGGAUCCAGCUCACCAGUUGUCCCAUGUUGGAGGACCUCCCUCCAGAACAGUGGAGUCACUCCACAGUGAGAAACGCCCUGAAGGAGCUAUUGAGAGACAUGAACCAGAGCUCGCUGGCCAAAGAGUGCCCUCUGUCCCAGAGUAUGAUCUCCUCCAUUGUUAACAGCACCUACUAUGCAAAUGUGUCGGCCUCCAAGUGCCACGAGUUUGGCCAUUGGUAUAAGCACUUCAUGAAUACCAAAGGCAUCAUGGAGAUUGACAGCUUCUCUGACCAAUCCCAAACGAGCUCCACACACCCAUCAACCAAACAAUCAUUCCCAGGCAGCACAGCCGAGCAGGUCUGCUCCUCACCCCUCCCCUUUCCUCACGGGGGUGCCACCCACACUUCUGGGCGUAGUUGUCUGGCCCCAAGUCUCUGCCCCCCGGGGCUGGUCCCCGCCCCCCUCAGCCCCCAGCUAGUCAGCCCCCAACAGAUAGUCAUGGCCCAGUUCCUCAACCAGCAGUAUGCAGUCAGCCAUAUGCUCGCCCAGCAAAGCCUGUCUGUAUCUGUUUCCACCUCCCCCCAGCAGUUCCUCAACCACCCCCCUGUGGGGAGGCCUCCCCCCCCCCUGGCCCUAGCCAAGGGCCUCGACCCCCCGCCCCAGGCUGGACCACCAGGAGCCGGGUCUGGGUCCCAGAGCCAGGUGUGUGGACCAUCAGACAUCUCAUGUGAGAUCUACCAGUGGGUUAGAGAGGAGCUGAAGAGAGCAGGCAUCUCCCAGGCUGUGUUUGCCCGUGUGGCCUUCAACAGGACCCAGGUAGGACACAGACAGGGAGAUAGGGGUACUGUAUGUAUGAGACUUGAUUCAUGCUUUGCCUGGCUACACAAACUCCUUGCUCCAGACAAACUAUACAACACGCCCAUGGACAUGAGUUUAUUCUCCACAAUGAGUUUGGAUCUGAGUACCUCCCAACGAUUUCUAGAAUGGGAAAUCCAUCCUAGACCGUCUGAUUGGUCCCAGAAACUGAUGGGUGGAGCCAGAGCCAGAACACACGGCCUGCUGUCUGAGAUCCUGCGUAAGGAGGAGGAUCCUAAGAGUGCGUCUCAGUCUCUCCUGGUCAACCUGCGGUCCAUGCAGAGUUUCCUACAGAUACCGGAAGGUGACCGCGACCGUAUCUACCAGGAGGAGAGAGAGAGGAGUCUGACCACGUGGACCAUUAUCAACCAUUCACCCAACAACACUACCACACCUCGCCACACACAGACCAGAAAGGAAGAGGGAAACUUUGUUAAGGCUGAAGAUUGGCCCUCCCAGGUUCCCAUUGUAUUUCCUAAAGUGAGGCUGUCUCCAGUAGCAGUAGUAAACAGAGGGGUGAAGAGCGAGGGAUGUGUUCUAGACAGAGUGGUGAAGAGGGAGGGAUGUGUUCUAGACAGAGGGGUGAAGAGGGAGGGAUGUGUUCUAGACAGAGGGGUGAAGAGGGAGGGAUGUGUUCUAGACAGAGGGGUGAAGAGGGAGGGAUGUGUUCUAGACAGAGGGGUGAAGAGGGAGGGAUGUGUUCUAGACAGAGGGGUGAAGAGCGAGGGAUGUGUUCUAGACAGAGGGGUGAAGAGCGAAGGAUGUGUUCUAGACAUCAACAGUUCUAUCUAUGAGGAGAUCCAACAGGAGAUGAAGAGAGCCAAGGUUUCUCAGGCCAUGUUUGCCAAGAUGGCCGCGUCCAAGAGUCAGGGCUGGCUGUGUGAGCUGCUGCGCUGGAAGGAGGAUCCGUCCCCGGAGAACCGAACCCUGUGGGAGAACCUGUGUAUGAUCCGGCGCUUCCUGAGUCUGGCCCAGAUGGAACGAGACGCCAUCUAUGAACAGGAGAGCAACACUCUGCAACAACACUGUACAGACAGACUCACACAGCUAGUCAACAACAACACACUGCUCCAACGCCACUCCCCAUUGCAACAACAACACCAUCAACAAACACUGACCGCUCUGUCCCAGCUGCCCUUGCAGCCCCAGGCGGAGCCUCGCCUGCCGCCACGACAACCAUCCACAGCAUCACCGGCCGAGACUGAGGGGGGUAGGGGGCAACUGAGGACCUGGUGGGGAAGUAGUCAGGGUGAUGGGAGGGAAGAGGAUAUUACUGGCAGGGGCUGUAGGGGUUGGAGCCAGGGCAGGGUUAGGGGUGUGUGUAACAAUGACAAGGAAGGGGGAGAGGGACGGUGGGCGGGGGGCAGACAGACUAACGGCGAGGGCGAUGGUGGGAGUGAUGGCGAGGGGUUUCGGGUGUCACGAGAGGCACAAGGGAUCCUGGAGAGCUUCAUCCAGGACGUUGGUCUGAACCCAGACGAGGAGGCUGUCCACACACUGUCAGCCCAGCUGGGCCUGCCCAAACACACCAUCCUCAGCUUCUUCUACAGCCAGCACCACAGCUACACUCACCAGAACCAUAGACAGUACUACAGUGAGAUCCAACAUCCGAGCCAGGACCACAACCACAGAGAGAAUCACAACCAACACCACACGGACCAGAACCAGCUCUUCUAUAAUGGAGCAGGCCCAACCCAGCCUAAGAGAACUACAGGGGAGGAGUGGACUGUAGAUCUCGCUGGACAAAUGGGGGAGGGAGGGGAGGAUAUGGAGCAGGAAGAGGAAAUAGAGGGGAAGGGGGAGGGGGAGGAGGAUGCCAUUUUGAAAGAGUUGGAUGUGAGCAGUCAGACUAAUGCCGUCGCCACCCUAGAGGAGGAGAAACAUGAUUCUAACCAAUCUGAGACUGCCCAACCACAUGAUGAAUAACAUGAGUCCAUCCACUAGUUGUCCCCUUUAACCCAAUGAGAAGGCAUCAAUUUGAUAGACUCAUCCAGCUCUGCAGAAAAUAAUAUUAGCCUUUUCUGAAGAACUUUAGUAAUGAAUGAUGUGGUGUUAUAGGUGUUUCCCUUAUUUGUAAUGAAACAUUUCAAUUAAAGACUAACUGUGAAAAUAAAUGAAAUGAUGUAGUUAUACAUGUAUGCAGAGUUAGUUUAAAGGCCCAGUGCAGUCAAAAACUAGAUUUUCCUGUGUUUUGGAUAUAUUUCCUCACUGAGGUUGGAAUAAAACAGUGAAAUUGUGAAAAGUAUGAUAAUGCCCUUUCAGUGUAAGAGCUGUUUGAACAUUUUUGCCUGUUUUGGUGGGGUGGAGCUUUGGCGUGCCUGGUGACAUCACCAGACGCUAAAUUAGUUAAUAAACCAAUAAGAAAGAGAGUUCCAAACCUCUCUGCCAAAUAACAGCAAAUUUUCAGUUUUCCCGUCCUCACUCAGACCACUCCCAGACAGUCCUAGCAAAAUUUUUGCUUGAGAAAUUGCUAUUUGCUAAUAAGCUAUUGUUGUUUCUUUUUGACCAUUUUAACUAAAAACAACCACAGUAAGGUACUUCAUUGUUACCUAGAGAUUCUUUGACAUUGAGAUAAAAAUGGCUGCAUUGGACCUUUAACUGUUGAGGAUCCAAUUUGAAAGACAUUAUGCCAACAAAUGCCUUGUUGUAUGAGGCACUACCCAUCUGUUCUAUGCCUAGAUCAUCCUCUCUGGAUUUAAAAGACAUUGAAAUGGGAAUAUUGAUAUUGAUCCACUGUCAACAGCUGUAUUAUAGACACAUGAUACAGUAUAGUGUUUUGGUUUCUUUCUCUUUUACAAAACUCUGACAACUAUGCUUUCUUACAUCGAUCUGUCAUAAUGUCCACGUACUUGUCUCUUUGACUGACAGUAAAAUGUAAGAGUGUCUUAAAGUCUUUGCUGAUCAACAUAGUUGAGGGACAUCACUCACAUUUUGUACGCAAAUUAUUUCACUAGCAAAUGUAGUGUAGGUCAAUUGCCUAAUUGUAGAAGAAAAGGCUAAAUAUGCAAAGGGUGUGUGUGUGUGUGUGUGUGUGUGUGUGUGUGUGUGUGUGUGUGUGUGUGUGUGUGUGUGUGUGUGUGUGUGUGUGUGUGUGUGUGUGUGUGUGUGUGUGUGUGUGUGUGUGUGUGUGUGUGUGUGUGUGUGUGCAUUAAUUUGUUCCUGCUUUGUCAUCUUCUGAUUAACUACUAUCUUUGAAUCUGUUUUUGUUGAAAAUAAAAUGUAUUAUUUGUUUUAAGAGUUCAUUCCAUUGAUGCAUGAGUUAUAUUUGAAGUGGUCGUUUUAAACAGCAAUGCAUUGGAUGCAGAAUGACAUUAAAGCUGUGAUUUACUAUUUGUUUCCUCACACAUUAAACACUUAUGAAAUGGA